AGCAGUAAUAUAAUCAUUUUCGGUUAAACAAGACAACAUGUCGAGCUCGGGAAUCGUACUGUAUGGAACGGACCUAAGUCCCUGUGUGAGGACUGUUCGACUGACACUCAAGGCCCUGAAUUUGGACUACGAGUUCAAGGAGGUGGAUCUUAAGAAGGGAGAGCACAUGAGCGAGGACUACCUGAAGAAGAACCCCCAGCACACGGUGCCAGUACUGGAUGACAAUGGAACUUUCCUCUGGGAUUCCCACGCCAUCGCCGCCUACUUGGUGGACAAGUAUGCCAAGUCCGACGAGCUGUAUCCCAAGGAUUUGGUCAAGCGGGCGAUCAUCAACCAGCGUCUUUUCUUCGAGGCCAGCGUAACCUAUCCAGGAUUGGCCAACAUAGUCGCUCCCUUCUGGUUUCGUGGUGUUACUGAGGUGCCUCAGGAAAAACUGGACACGGUACAUCGGGGUCUUAAGUUGCUGGAGACCUUCUUGGCCAGCGACCCAUAUCUGGUGGGUGAUUCCCUGACCCUGGCCGACCUGGUCAGCGGACCCACAGUGAGCGCUCUUCGCGCUGCCGUCGACAUCGAACCAUCGGAGUAUCCCAAGGUCACCGCCUGGCUGGAUCGUCUCAAUCAGAUACCCUACUAUAAGGAAAUCAACGAGGGUCCUGUUCAGGGAUACGUCGCCUUCCUUCGCAGCCAGUGGACAAAGUUGGGAGUCUAAAUAUGUAAUCGACUAAAGAAAAAGCCAACACCAAAAAUAUAUAUCAUUACAUUUUCAA